CUCUGGUUCGCCUAGAACACACCAUCUAAAAACCACCUGUCGCUCCGAAACGUUCAAAAGAUUAAAUGUUUUUCGCGAAUUUAAAUUUAAGUGCCUGUUGUGAAAAUUGACUAAACAUAAAAGUUCAUUGGAGCGUAAUAAUGGAGCAAUAUUAAUUGUCGUAAACGCAUAAAAGGACCUUUUCCGAUUCAAAAUCUUAUAAAAUGGAGGACAACGAUACAGAAACCUGCGAAAUCCUUGGCACGGAAAGCAUUCUCAGGAAUGUCUAUUUUCAAACUGCAGUUUAUCUUAUGUACUGUAUAAUAUUUUUCGUGGCCCUCGUCGGUAACGGUUUUGUUUGUUACAUUGUAAUGUCAUCACCAAGAAUGCGAACCGUCACCAAUUACUUUAUCAUGAAUUUAGCCGUAGGUGACAUACUUAUAGCACUUCUCUGUGUUCCUUUUACCUUUGUAAGUCUGUUGAAACAAUACUGGCCGUUUGGUGUUUUUUUGUGUCCGGUUGUAAAUUAUGCUCAAGCUUUAUCGGUGUUUGUGAGUGCUUACACGUUGGUGGCUAUCAGCAUCGACAAGUUUAUGGUAAUCAUGUGGCCUCUGAAACCGCGUAUCUCCAAGAGCUUUGCCGCUUCAGUCAUCACGCUGGUCUGGCUGAUCGCAGGAAUCACUGUCCUGCCAACUGGGUUGCUGUCCAGAUUGACACAGCCACCUGUAAUAUUCGAGAACAACACUAAUAUUUCCAAUGUCUACAUUGCAUGCGACAAGUAUUUAUGUAUGGAAGACUACUCCGAAAUAGGAGAGGAAUACCAGCUGCUAUAUUCAAAACUCCUAAUGGUCUUACAAUAUGUCAUCCCGUCUAUCGUCUUACUAUUUACUUACACCAGCAUAGCUGCAGUUAUUUGGUGUCACAGAAUUCCCGGAGAAGCUGAAAAUUUACGGGACAGACGAAUAGCACGCUCCAAGAAAAAAAUGAUUAAAAUGAUGGUUACAGUGGUUUUCGUGUAUUCCUUGUGCUGGCUUCCAUAUAACGUUAUUUACAUUUUUCAAGACAACAUCGGCGAAGGUCUAAUGCAGUUCAUCUAUUUUCCACUUCACGGACUAGCCAUGUCUCACGCCUGCUAUAACCCCAUAAUAUACUGCUAUAUGAACACGAGGUUUCGCGACGGACUAAUUUUGGUUUUACGGUCCAUCCCUUGUUGCAGAAAAUAUAUGACUCAUGUAUCCGCUGCAGGAUAUCCGCACACAGGAGUAGAAGGUACUGAAAGCUCAGUGCUUCACCGAAACAACACUUGCACGACAUACAUUAGUAUGAAACGAAAAAAUUGUACAAGGCUUUCGUCCUGCAGUCAUCAACUUCCUGUAAGAAGUGCAUCCUUGAUGAGAAACUCUGCGAAUCACGGUGGAGGCAGAAAAUUAAAAUAUCAGCAAAGUAUUAUAGAUGAACAAAUUUAAAUGUGAAAUAUUUAUGUUAUAUUUGUUAGGUUUUAAGAUUUAAAAUAAAUAUUUGUGUAC